AUGUACUAUAUCCUCUACCUAACCAGCCUCUGCCGCCGCCGCGACUGGCCCGAACCAAUCUAUAACGCCUACACCAGCGGCACCGGCUACACCUGCACUGUGCGCGUCAACAACCGGGAAUACCGAACCGACGCGCUCUGCGCGAGCGCAACGCUAGCCCGCGAAAGCGCCGCUAUGCGCGCCUACCUCAUCUGUCGCAAUUUCUCCGUCAACGACGGCAUGUACCCGGCCGGCCAUGAUGACGGCGGGGUCGUGCAGGGGAUGCGGGUGGCCAUUGGCACGGGGCGGAAGAUUGAUGAGGAGGGUUUGUCCGGGUCGAGUGUUAGUGGGAGCUGGAGUGGGGGAAGUAGUCCGGAGAGGAGUGGGUUUGGGGAGAUGGGGGUUAGGGUUGGGUUUGGGGGAUGA